AUGUCACUUCAAUUGCUAGAUGAGAAGUCCUCAUCAACACCAACAACCCACAAGAAGCAAGUGAUUGUUGCUAUCUUAACAUUCAUUUCCUUAGCAAUAUUAUUCAGCUCCAAUUCCUACAUUGCACCAUUAUUCACCCCUUCAAGCCCAGUAGAAUCAACAAUAAGACUGUGUCCAUCGGGUAAGACUCUUCGCCCUUCCAGUUUCUAUAAAGAUAACUCUUCAGUGGAGUAUAUCAUUCAUGAUCCAGAAUUCCGUAAAGAAUCAAUAAAGAAACUAUCAGGAGCUGUCAAAAUUCCAACUAUCACUUUUGAUUAUUAUCAAGAUCCAUUUGUUAACCCAGAGCAAUGGAAUAACUUUACGCAUUUCCAUUGGUUUUUAGAAUCGCAAUUCCCAUUGGUUUAUCAAUCCUUGAAAGUGUCAAAGCCAAAUAUUUACAAUUUAGUUUUCGAAUGGGAAGGUACAGAUUCUUCAUUAAAACCUUUAUUAUUGACUGCUCAUCAAGAUGUUGUUCCAGUUGAAGAGGAAACUAUUUCAAAAUGGGAGCAUGAUCCUUUCGAAGGUUAUUCAGAUGGUGAAACGUUAUGGGGUAGAGGUUCAUCGGAUUGUAAAACUAUGUUGAUUGGUGAAUUGCAGGCAAUUGAAAGAUUAAUCAAAGAUGGGUUUACUCCAAAAAGAACAGUGAUUUUGGCUUUUGGCUUUGAUGAAGAGAUUGGUGGUCAGUUUGGUGCUGCCCAUAUUGCAAAACAAUUGACUGAAACCUAUGGUGAUGAUUCAUUAUUCGCCUUGGUGGAUGAAGGUGGUAGUGCAAUAUCUUUGUUUGAUGAUGUUGCAGUGUCGUUGCCCUCAAUUGGUGAGAAGGGUGCACUAAGCUUACAAAUUACACUAACUACGCCAGGUGGACACUCUUCUGUUCCUCCAGAUCAUACAAAUAUUGGUAUUGUUGCUCAAUUGAUUAACGAUAUAGAAGAUACACCAUUUGAAUCAGUUUUAACACCAAUUAAUCCAACUUUAAAUUUCUUGCAGUGUGUUGCUAAAUAUACUAAUGAGUUUGAUGAAGGUUUGAAAAAUAACGUCUUCAAAGCUGCUUAUGACAAGGCUGCCAAUUCAAAAGUUAUUGAAUACCUUUCAAGUAUCAGGGGUUACAAGUACUUUGUCAGAACUACACAAGCUGUUGAUAUCAUUGAUGGUGGUGUCAAAUCAAAUGCAUUACCAGAGUACACCAAUUUGGUGAUUAAUCAUCGUAUCAGUGUUGAAUCUUCAAUUGAAGAAACUAUUGAUAAGAUUAUUGGGAAUCUAGAGACAAUUGCAAAUAAGUUUGAUUUGGGUAUUUAUCACGAUCAAGAGGAAAUACUUCCAGCAACUAAAAAUGGACAUUUCAAUGUAUCAGGCUCAGGUUUAUCACCAUCACCAGUGUCUCCACUAAAUAACACAAGCUGGGACGUCUUCUCUGGCUCUAUCAAGCACAUUAUUGAAGAUUACAUCUAUCCAAACUUGAGUAAACCAGCUGUUGUUGCAGGUAAUUUAGGUACUGGUAACACUGAUACUAGUAAGUAUUGGAAUUUGACCGAGAAUAUCUAUAGAUAUAGAUUGAGUACCUUGAAUGGUAUUUUAGAAGGUGGUACCCAUAGUGUUAAUGAACACACUACAAUUGAUAAUCAUUUGUCGUUGAUUGCGUUUACUUAUGAGUACAUCAAGAACGUUGAUGAAGCAAAAGAUGAAUAA